GAGCGAGUGCGCCAGCCGGAGCACCGGGGCUGCAGCCGUAAUAAUCAAUCGAGAGCCAGCCAAGCCGAGCCGGAGCGAGCGAACGAGAGGAGCUCUCUGCGUCCCUGACAAAAGGAGGAUGGGCAAGAAGCACUCCAAACUGGAUCCAGAGGUGCUCGAGCGGCUCAAGAAGGAAACAUACUUUUCAGAAAAGGAAAUAAAAAAAUGGUACAAAGGUUUCGUAAAGGACUGUCCGACUGGAACUCUCACAGAAGAAGGCUUCGUCAACAUUUACCGUCAAUUUUUCCCGCAAGGAGACCCCACCAAGUUCGCCACUCUUGUGUUCCGAGUUUUUGAUGAGAACCAGGACGGAUCGAUAGAGUUUGCAGAGUUUCUCAGAGCGAUGUCGGUCACCUCGAGAGGAGAUAUUGACGAAAAAUUACACUGGGCCUUCAAACUUUAUGACCUGGACAACGACGGGUUCAUCACCAGAGACGAAAUGUACAACAUCGUGGAUGCGAUCUACAGGAUGGCGGGGACGACCAUGUCUGAGGAGAGCGGCGAGGGCGCCCGCGAGAAGGCGGACCGCAUCUUCUCGAGCAUGGACGUGAACCACGACGAGCAGCUGACCAUGGAGGAGUUCCGCGAGGGUAGCAAAAACGACCCGCAGAUCGUGAACGCGCUCAGUUUCGGCCCGAUUUGAGCGUGCGUAAGAUUUGCCUCAUCCACACUUUUCUCAUUGUUGAAGCAUUCGCACAAAUAUGACGUGCGAAGCCGCGGGAAAAAGAUUAUUCACACACACGCGCUUUUUUGCAAUUUCUAACGUAACUUUUAAGCAGUUUACGCUGUUCGAGGACAGGUCCGAAGCGGUGGACUUGAGAUAAUCUUAAUGAAAUGUUUCUGACAGUUCAAAUUUCGUCAUUUAGGCUUAAUAAAAAUGUUGUUGAAACUACUUAA